UUAUAAAAGAGGUGUGGACCAGAGAAAGUACUGAGUGUUGCAACAUGCUCUGGGUUGCCUUUAUAUAAGAGGUGUGCAUCUUAGUGGGGACAAACAGCUCAUGAAGACACUGACAUCUGCCACUGAUACAGGACGUCCAUUCAACAUACUAUUCUGAAGUUUCCUUCAAAGGCAAACAGACAUCUAUCACAACAACGAUGUCCAUCUUGCUGCUGGCUCUACUGGUUCCCGUGAUGGUGCAGUCCUCCCUGCAUCCAGUGGACUGUGAUGAGGUCUAUAGAUCAGGUUCUGGACAAAACGGGGUCUACACCAUCUACCCUGCAGGACCUACCUCACCUGUCCAGGUCUUCUGUGACAUGGGGUUUGAAAGUGCAUAUCUAGGAAAGUGGACGCUGAUUCAGAGCCGACAGGAUGGAUCAGUGAACUUCUACAGGAAGUGGGAUCAGUACAAGAGUGGUUUUGGGAGCGCAGCUGGAGAGUACUGGCUGGGGCUGGAGACAAUGCAUCGCAUGACUAUGAAAGGAACAUAUGAGCUGAGGGUGGACAUGGAGGACUUUGAGGGGAAUAAGGUCUAUGCUCAGUACUCUUCCUUCUCCGUUGGACCAGAGGCUGAAGGAUACCUGCUAACACUGGGCUCAUUCAAAGAUGGAGGAGCAGGAGAUUCUCUGGUUUUUCACAAUGGUCAGAAAUUUACAACGUUAGAUAAAGACCAGGACCUUAACGCCGCCAACUGUGCCCAGGUGUACUACGGAGGAUUUUGGAACAACGACUGCCAUUUUACUAACCCCAAUGGGAUAUAUGCAUGGGGUGAAUCUACCUUUGGUAUUGGCAUCAACUGGAAAACAUGGAAAGGCUAUACAUACUCCCUGAAAGCCAUCACCAUGAAGAUCAGACCAGCCCAAGCAUAGAAGUCUAUAAUUUCUAACAAAAUUGUAAAAUCAGAUUUUUCAAUAACAAUUAUUGCCAUACAAGCAUUUCCAGCACAUGCACAUAUUCCAUUUAUAAGGGAGAGGGGGGGUCUUUUUUUAAAGUAGGGUUUGUGUUUGGGUCUUCAGAGAUUAGAAGGUGCAGCAGGAUACAGAAGAUCUCAGAUCUACUCUGAAGUGCGGUGUUGCCAUAGCAACAUAACCCUGACUGCAGUGGGGAUUAUAUGACUCUGACCCAUCAUUUAACUAUCUCUGUCUCUUACCUUAACACACUGUCUGUCUCUUACCUUAACACACUGUCUGUCUCUUACCUUAACACACUGUCUGUCUCUUACCUUAACACACUGUCUGUCUCUUACCUUAACACACUGUCUGUCUCUUACCUUAACACACUGUCUGUCUCUUACCCUAACACACUGUCUGUCUCUUAACUUAACACACUGUCUGUCGCUUACCUUAACACACUGUCUGUUAUGAUCAACAACACUUGAAAUAAAGACAGAUACUGUACCUGCAAAAUGA